AUGAGGACGAGGAGUAAGAAAGCUUCCGCUUUCUUGAAGCACACGAUAUCGCUGCUGGCCUCGGCGCUGCUGAAGGCGAAAUCCGCGGCUGUCGGCGACAAGACAAGGGCAGUACUGAAAGCUCGGAUGGCCAUGACGUCUUUGGUGAUGGAGAGGAAGAGAAAGGUGAUGCAACUGCAGCUGGCUUCCGUCUGCGACAAGAUCAACACAGUUUUCGGUGGGAGCAGCCGCCACGAUGAUCAUCAUCAUGAAGAUCAUCUGGCGAUGGUUGUGUACGAUCCUAAUCGAAAAAGCAGGGCAGAUGCAAGCUGCUGCAGCUGCUGCUGCACAACCUGCUGCAACGACGAUGGUCAGGCAGUGCUGGAUAUUGCACAUUGCCGCAGCCAAGAGGCUGGCCAGCCUGGCCUUGUUAAGGUUGGCGGCAGUGAGUGCAAUAUAAUAAGUAAUGAAGGCGAACAAUGUUGUCCGUACUAUGAUGAUCAAGAUGAUGAUGAUCUGGUCAUAAUCAAGGGCAAUAAGGAGGAAGAUGAUGAUUAUGGUCAUCAUGUUCAUGACGACGAUGAGAAUAUUGAUGACGUGGCGGACAUGUUCAUCGUGAAAUUCCAUAAGCAGAUGCGUCUGCAGAAGCUGGAGUCCUUCAAAAGGUAUCAAGAGAUGCUCCAGCGAAGUCUUUAA